GGCUCUGCCACUUCUACUUACCAGAAAACACUUAAAUCAUAUUUCAUUUUCCAUUUAUCUUUGAAAGAGGAGGAAGAAGAAGAAGAAGGCUUGGGAUUUUAAAUUUUGCAGUUCCCUUUUCAACAUUAAUUAAUAUAUUCAAACCUUCUUCUUCUCCAUUUUUAAAAUUCCCAGUUUAGAAACUUUCAAUGGCGCAAGUGAAAUUGCUCUGUCUGUUUGCUCUGUUUUUAACGUUUUCAGAUCUCUUCAUAACAGGUAUACAUUCAUCUGCAACAUUUACAAUGGUAAACAAAUGCCAGCAAACAAUAUGGCCAGGACUAUUAUCCAACGCUGGAAUUGCUCCACUUUCCACCACUGGAUUUGUUUUACAAAAAGGCGAAUCAAAGACAAUUAAUGUGCCCUCUAAUUGGGGUGGUAGAUUUUGGGGACGUACACACUGUACUGAAGAUUCCACAGGAAAAUUUACCUGCGCCACAGGUGAUUGCGGCUCCGGUAAGAUGGAAUGCGCCGGCGGUAACGCUGCGCCGCCAGCAACAUUAGCUGAAUUCACACUUGACGGCGCCAACGGGAUGGAUUUCUUCGAUGUUAGCUUAGUUGAUGGGUACAACUUGCCAAUGCUUGUGGUACCACAAGGUGGGUCCGGUAACAACUGUACAAGCACUGGAUGCGUGGUUGAUUUGAACGGCGCGUGUCCGUCAGAGUUAAAAGUGACGAGCGUGGGAGGUGAAAAGGUCGCGUGUAAGAGCGCGUGUGAAGCUUUCCGACAAGAUGAGUACUGUUGUGCCGGCGCGUAUAAUAAUCCGACUACAUGUAAACCGUCGUCGUAUUCGAUGUUGUUUAAGAAAGCUUGUCCAAGUGCUUACAGCUUUGCUUAUGAUGAUAAAACAAGUACCUUCACUUGUGCUGGCGCUAAUAAUUAUCUAAUCACUUUUUGUCCAUCCCCUAACACCAGCCAAAAAUCAUCAUCAUCAUCAUCAGGUGGGCAAAAUCAAGAACCUGAAGAUAAUAACCAAAGCAGCAGCAACAACAACAAUGAACCAUCAACAAUCAACGGCUCUAUGGUAUAUGAUGGUGCAUGGCAAUAUAGCAGUGCAUCUUCAACCACGUGCAUGCACGUGUUAAGUUCACCGGCCAUCGCCGGUGCCAUCGCCAUCUUAACAGCCACUUUCCAGUUACGUCAGCUGUUCUAAAUUUUUUACUCAACUUUUUGCUGACACACAAAUAUUAGGCGCAGGCCCAUCUUAUUUUGUCGGAACUUGGGGUGGUACAUCACGUGUGGGCCAUUAAUUGGCCCCGUGACCCACAUGUAUGUCCAUGUGAUGGAGCAAUGAGUCACACACACAAAAAAAAAGGCUUACGUCUACGUGUCAAUUUAUUUGACCAACACGUACUCACCUUUUAUUUUGGUGAGAGAAGAGGGAGCUAUACAGCCACAAAUUUAGACACCGAUUAUAUUUUGAGGUUAUUUAAUUUUCUUUUUUUUUAGAAUUUCGAAUUAAGAUUGGGGUUAGGUUUCGUUGGGGGAGAUUCAUUUGUUAGGUAGGUUUAGAAAUGAUGUAUAAUAUGUUAUAUGUAACCACUGCAGUUGGUGAAAUUAUAUUUAUAUACACUUAGAAUGGAUUGUUAAAUUGUUAUAA